AUGCUAGGCUUUUAGUGUGAAGUCACGUGUGUCCAACGGUCAGUUCGACUAACGUUAAAUGUCAAACAGACAAUCAUGGGAUCGAGUCUCACUUCAGCGGUGGAAGAAUACUUAUAUUUUAUUUAUUUUGAAUUAUUAAGAGCGUCGCUUCUUCAUGAGGACAAAUACAGACCGUGAUACUAUAUAUUUAUUGGUUUUAAACUAAAAAAAACCCCAUAAAACUCCGAGGGACUCGGAGCACGAGCUCCCUGUCAGGAAAAUCACAUAUCGAAUCCCAAGACAAGAAGUUUUAAAAAUCUUUGUGGUGAAAAAAGGCGGCAUUACCGGGUUUAACCUGCGGACGCUUGAUGAGGACAGUCGCCACAAACACGUGCAGAUUGUUUUAUUUACAGUCAUAUUACAGCCUUACAGUCAUAUUACAGCACAUAAAACCGACACAGAAUCGAGUGUCACGCGACUCACAUAUCUGGGCUUCUUUGGAGCAACAGAGGAAGUGUUCUGGGUCACAUGGACUGACACUGGCUUCAAUGAUGGACAGGUGCACGUGUAUCAUGUGAAACAGGUAAUUUGGGUCCGUGGAAAUGUUCAGAUCAUUUCACACGACCCUCGACCUUUUCCGCUCGACCUUUUGGCAAUACGCCGUGCCCUGGAUGCUGUAAGCAUGGAUGUUCACAUGCACAACAGUCGGACGCAUCACUACGGGCUGAACAACGGUGCGAACCGCUUCUCUGAAGAUGAUCUGGAGUUCCUCAGUCUUGAGGAAAGGGAGUGUAUUUUGUUCUUUGAGGAGACCAUCGGCUCCCUGGAGGAGGACGAUGAGAGGACGGGAAUGUCCGCGGGCGGCCACAGGCUUGCGGUGGAGCGUCCAGCCUCACACACACAAACAGCACGACAUCACAGCCCUGUCGAUCAUGACAUCAUUGACCUGGUCCACCCUACACCUGAUCCCAACAGACUAAAAGACACGCCGCCCAUCAUCACGUCGCCCAUCAUCACGCCGCCCAUCAUCACGCCGCCCAUCAUCACGCCAGAUUUCCAAGAGCUGAUCGCAGCCCCGGAGACACAUUAUGAGGUGAAGGCCAAACAUGAACCGCCGGCGAUGCUGCAUGUCUCACACACGCCACCAGAGGAGUUUGGACGCCAUCCGCCCACAAGUUCAGUUCCCGCUACCGCAACAAGUGCCAAUAAGAUCGCCGAGCGUGAGAGCGUCACGCCUCCAUCGCAGCUGCUCCAGCGCAGAUGCAGUCUGGAGUUGCCACAAAACCCCUCGGUCAAACACGGCCCUCCCAUCCACGCCAAGCCCACGCGUCUUCCCGACAGCAUCAGCUUUUUGCUGGGAAGCCGCGAACACAUUCCCCAUUCGAUCGCCACAGAAGCCGUGAGCGUGCAGGAGCGCCGGGCGAAAAUGCUCUCCAACCUCUCCGGCUCGGCGCACCCUCUGGAUGGCGGAGAGCCGUCGUGCGUUCGCAAUCUUCCCAUGCGAAGCAUAUCGUUUCGAGAUCCGACGCCGGACAAAUCUAGGAUGGAGGCGCUUUCCAAACUUGGACUUGCUCAGAAGCGAUGCCAAUCCGUCAUGCGCGCUUCAAGUGACGCCGAAAGUGCUAAAACCACCAUAUUCAAAUCUAACUUGCCAGCAAAAGCUAGUGCUGACGUGCGCGCUACAGACACUACGGACCACUGCCAAACCAGGCGAUCGCAACCCGUCAUGCACACUUCUCCGAAAGACGUGGGAAAUGUUAAAAACACCACUUUUAAAUCUGCCUUACCAGCAAACGCGAGUGCCGACAUCCGCGCUACGGACACCACGGACCACUGCCAAACCAGGCGAUCGCAACCCGUCACGCACGCUUCUCCGAGGGACGCCGAAAUCACUAAAACCACCACUUUCAAAUCUACCUUACCAGCAAAAGCGAGUGCUGACGUCCGCACUACGGACACCACGGAUCACUACCAAGCUAAAUCUAGCCCUGCACCAAUUUUGACGAGUGCUGAAAUCACACAUAGUGAUUUUAACAGCUAUGGCGGUAAGAGCAUAACGUUGAACCCCACACUGUCCUUUAGGGCUGAGUACGUCCCAGCUUCAUUACCCAAAACAGAGGCUUCGGAUGCACAUCUCAACAACUAUGGCGGCAGAUCAAGAUCCAUGACUACGCCUGAGCCAACGUACGGAGCCCGAUCCAAAAACUUCCCGGACAACUCGAGUUCGAACAGGACUGCAAAUCAAGACUUACCCAAGAGGAAAGCGCCACACUCUGAAGCACUUGCAAGCAGGUCCAACGCUCAGCCGCCCACUCCGGCUCCGAGACCGCUGCGUCACCCGAGUCCACUGAGUCCCACCGAGCCGCGGUCCCUGGAGAUACGACGCAAGUCUCAGCCAAAGCCAUCCUUCCGUACUCAGGGAAUAACCGUCCAGUUUUCUGGGAAAGGAGCCACAGAUGAGGCCAGACGUGAUGCACUACGCAAACUAGGACUGCUGAGGGACACGUCUUAAACGCUCACAUGCUAAUAAUAAUAAUGUUGUGGCUCUGCUGUAGAGUCCAGUACAAAAACAUUUGAUUAGCAACAAUUCAGCCAGUGCUGGGUAGAUCACUUACUAAUCGAAUACUGAAUACAUGUCACAUGACGAAAUUGUAGUUGGUAACAUAACCUAUUACACAUUUUAGGUCAUAUAAUAUGACUGCUUUUUGAAUAUUUUUCAGAUUACUGUUGACCUAACUCAUUAAACACUUAAAUUUUGAUGUAUAAAAACGAAGAGAAAGGAAAUUAUGUUAGGGUUUCCCAAACCAGGGUUCGUGAAGGAGUUUCAGGGAGUUUAAGCUCAUGAAAAAUAGUUACAUUUUAAAACACAUACAAUCAAACUUAAAAUACUUUCUUUACUUGCAUGUCAUGUGACCAUUAAACGACAACAGAGAACCAUGAACAUGCAAACAUGGUAAAUUUACCUAAUUAUUAACUACUUAUAAACUUCAAGUAAAUAUAUUACGUCAAAGACUAAAAAUAAAAAUGUUAGUUGAUGCAAUGUUGAGAAAAUACUCCUCAAAAGUGAAUUUUUUUCUGUAAAUCAAAUUCUGAGAAUUAAAAAAGUAACUGUACUCUGAUUAGGAGUAUUUUAAAACUCAUAAUUUCUCAAAACUCGUAUUUUUAGGUCAUUUUAGAUUACAUGUAAUUAGUUACUUCCCAGCACUGAAUUCAACUAAUCAUAUAUAUUAUUAUAUACACACAAACAAACAAUAUUAGCAUUACCUUGUUUGCAAGAUGUUCAGAAGGUCAAGAUUUAUGACCAUCUGUUGGACAACAGCAAGACUUUUUGAAAGGCACAACUACCACUUGUUUUGUCUGCUCUGGAGUUGCAGAUCAAGCUCAUCUUUCUUUCUGAGCAAAAAUCAUCCAGUCAGUUCUGAGAUCUUUUCAGCAUUCACAUUCAUCUCAAGUUCUACACGCUGCCUUGGAAGUGCUUGACCUGGUUUCGGCCAUCUUUGCUUCAUGGUCACAUGGUUCCAGAACAUUGUUUGAGCCAAUCGCCUGAGUCCUAAUUAUCAUGUGACUAAUCACUCCAUAUUUGUACUCCUAAAACACUCCAAAAUUGCUUGUAAAACAUUACUAUAAUGUCAUGAAAUUUUAGUUGAUCAUAUGAGGCUUGCAAAAAAAAAAGAGUGCUUAGCUACGCUUAAUUGGCCUUGAAUGGAGAAACAUGUUUUUUCCCACAUGAUAAUUAGUUUGAGAUCUCCCACUAGACCAACUUCCAUCAUAUAACUAGACAGCCAUCCC